AUGAGCUUGAAAAAAGAGUGGCAGGCGGGGACAAAGUUGAUGGAUUCAAGUAAGGGAGGGUCCGGGGUAGGCUUUGACUAUGACACCGGUUUGUUUCAGGCACCUGACGAGUGGUGGGACAAGAUGGAAUCAAUCAAUAAGGCGUGUGUGAAGUUCAGGAAAAAAACUUUGGAACACCGUGACUUGAUGGAGACGGUCUUCAUGGGGGCAUCAGCUACUGGGAAGCAUCAUUGGACCCCGGGAGAGAACCUUCCCGAACCUGCUGAGGACUCAUCUAAUUCAGUGCGUAGUUUGGGAGCCCAGCCAUUUGCUGAUCCGAUACCCGCAGGAGUACAGGACGUGGAUUCUGAUACUUCACUGGAGCAUGUUCCGAUUGAAAAGGCAAAAAGGAGAAAGACGCCAUCAACAAGUGUUUCAAAGUUGAAGAAGGGAACAAGUGGUGCGUUCGUUAUUGCGGAAAGCAUGAACAGAAUGACAGAUGUGGUGCGUUCGAAGAAUUAG